AUGACAGGGUGGCAGGCGAUGGAGGACUCCAGGCCAACGCGCGCAAAGAGGAGGUCGUGGCUUCCAGCCUGCUGCUCUUCGCAAGCAAACGAAGGUGGCGACCCGCGAUUGGAUGCGGUAGCAUCGACACCAAGCAAAGAGGAAGACUACAUGGGUCCAGAGGUGUCGAAUGUGGGACGUGGCUACGACGGCGAGCAGGGCAACAUAAAUGCCUGGUCGGGCGAGGAGCAGCUAAGCCCGCCACAGAAGGAACCCGAGUCUGAAACGACCCCUAUCCAGGCCUCGUUUGAACCCGCGGCUGCCCCUGAGGCCGGCAAGCGGAACUCAGGCCGAGCGCGGAGUACAAGUGCAGAUCGUGCCGAGCGAGCAGAACGUUCAGAGCGCGCAGCAAGGGCGGUCCCCGUCAUCGCAGCCAAGCCGUCCACAGCCAGUGGAGAGGAUUUUGAGACCGCCACUGGCUUGAGCUUGGUAAGAACGAAGUUAGAGCGCUGCAUGCUGAAAGACCACGAGCUGCCGCUCUCAGACGUGCUUCAAGCCAAGGUUUGUGCAAUCAGGGCCAUGGCCGAGGCUACCGUGGCGUACAAGUUCGAGAACGCGAAGCAGCUCAAAAACCUGCGGGACACAUUGCCGCAUGCCCAGACGGCCCUGUGGGCACGACUGAUUCAGGUUAAAGAGCUGCAUCAGGCAAUCUCAGCGCGAGUGUCCGAGGCUGUCGAGGUCGAGGACUUCAGCAAAGCUGAAGAGGUCUACGAGCUUCAGAAGCUUGCGGAGGACUGUCUCAAGGGCUUCGAGCUGGAUGAACGCCAAGGUGGAUCUGCUGAUUUGACAGCGGGUGCCAUAUCCUUGGGACCAGCCUCGUCUCUUGGACUCCUCGAAGGUGACUUCACUGUGGAGUUCUGGAUGCGUUGCCACGUUGAUGUCUCAGCUCGAACCCCCUUGCUGACUGGCGACCCUUCACUCGUUGGAAGCUUUCCGUCCCUGUACGUGAAGCCGGGCGGAGGUCUCCAACUUGACUUUGCCGGUGGAAAUAGUUAUUCCUCGAGGAUGCGUCUCCAGCAGACAAAGAAGUGGAUGCACGUAGCCAUCUCCUACAGCUUCAGUCCCAGUGACAACGACUUCAAGGUGAGCCUUUUCCAGGAUGGUUUGCAGGUGGAGUUUGGAAGCGAGAUCUGGGCGGUUAACAUGGAUUCUGAACUCAGGCUUGGUCCUUUCCCUGGGAAGCUGGCCGAGUUCCGCGUCUGGGACCACGCAAGGGCUGCGGAUGAGGUGGAGCUGUGGAUGACUCGCCGCUGCCAAGGUGACGAGCCAGGCCUUUGCUGCUGUCUGAGCCUUCGCCCUUCGCGUGGCCUGUCAGACUCCACUUUGGAUCCUGGCAAGGCCUUGGCCAGCGGGCAUUUCUUUGCUGACCGAGGGGCCUUUGACGGUCCAGUUACUUGGGAUGGCGACUGCCCGAGUCUGCUUGAUGAUCCAGCGGAAGAUGAAUCGGUCGGCGAUUGCAGGGAGUGUGGGCAAAAGUACACUGCCAAGCAGGCCAGACCCGAUGUCCUGGCGGACAGCGACCCUUGGAGCAACGACAGCCUGCUACGAGCCUGGGAGUGGCUGGACAGUUCGCAGCUCCUUUGCAAAAUCUCAGGACGACGAGAGGCCGAACGCAGGCAGCUAGAGUCUGAGGCUCGUCAGGCAGGGCUGCAGGGUUGCAUCCACUGA